AGACACAAGGGAAAUAAUGGUACAGAACAUUUACUCCAUUCUUAUUCCAUAGGACACGUUUAUUCAGUUGUUCUCAUUUUUUAUUUUUUAUUUUUUACUUCCUCUAAUUUUCUAUAGAUGGAGGUAUCUUAAAACCCAAUCCAGGACAAUGCAAAAGCAGCACCAGAUUUGCGUAAAACCCACUUGAUUGCUUCACCUUCCUGGCCUCUCUCUCUCUCUCUCUCUCUCUCUCUCUCUCUUAACUUGAAUUCUAAGUAUGAUUUUUAGCCCUGCCCUUUAAAUGAAAAGAAUUUAUUCUUGAAUUUCCACUCAUACAUCAUGAACAUAUAGCUCCAUCACUGGUAUCUCCCCCCAUGUCCAAAUCAUUCAACUGAUCUCACCAGAACUGCUUCAGAUUUUCUUCAACAUUCUUUUGGGUCUCACAGUCUUCACACAUGGGGCGCCAUUCUUGUUGUCUAAAGCAAAAAUUAAGGAAAGGUUUAUGGUCCCCUGAAGAAGAUGAGAAACUGUACAACUACAUAACCAGAUUUGGUGUUGGCUGCUGGAGUUCAGUUCCUAAACUUGCAGGUCUGCAAAGGUGUGGAAAGAGUUGCAGACUGAGAUGGAUAAAUUACUUAAGACCAGAUCUCAAGAGAGGAAUGUUCUCUCAGCAAGAGGAGGAUCUCAUUAUGAGUCUCCAUGAAGUUCUGGGCAACAGGUGGGCUCAAAUUGCAGCACAAUUGCCAGGAAGAACAGACAACGAGAUAAAGAACUUCUGGAACUCGUGUUUGAAGAAGAAGUUAAUGAAGCAAGGAAUUGACCCCAACACCCACAAGCCUGUAAGCGAGACCGAAGUAGGAAAUGAUCAGAGCUUUAUAGAAAAAGCUUCCUUCCAAUUGCCACAACCAAAAGGGCUCCAGACCGUGUCGACCUCAUCCGAACUGGAGCAAACAUUUCUCGUCAGCAAUUCAGCUUACUAUGAUGGAGGACUAACAGAAACUUCAAAGGAGCAUUUUAUGAGCAAACCAGCAUUUGAUCCAUCGCCCUUCUUUGAGUUUCAAGCAGGUAUCGAUCCGUUCGGGUAUAAUUCGAAUCUUCAAACACAGAAUCACCAAGUUCUAAGGCCUACUGACCGGUACCAUUUUGAGACCAAUUCCAACUCUGGAUUCUCUUCAAUGCCAAGCUUGACAAACUUUGAGCAUGGAAACUUGGCUGACACCGACUUCUCCGAUAAUUCAACAUCAAGAAUGAGUUCCUUGUUUUUGAAUGAAGCAAGGGAAAGUUCUAGCAACAGCUCGAACAUUAACUGUCAAACUGGAUUUCAGGUAAAUAACAUGGUUGAAAGUGCAGCUUUCUCAUGGGAUGCUGAGAACAAGUUGGACUCAUUGUUUCAGUGCCCCCUCAAUGGAAUUAAAUCUGAAGAACUGAAAACAAGUUCAUGGCAAGAAGAGCAUCUUCGUACACAAAAUUCAGACAACUUCAGCGGCUAUCUGUUUCGGUCGCUCUCGGAAGACCUCACUGGGACAAAUUUUGAUGUCUUCCACCACAUCUAAACUGUAAAUUCUUUUUUUUUUUUUUUAACUUCUUUGAACAUCUCUCUCUCUCUCCUUCUCCACCCACCCCCUCUCUUGUUUUCAAACACAUACACACAGAUGUUGAUAGCACAGGGAAUUUCCACUGAAAUGCUUGAGAAAGGAUUCUUAUUUUCUUUUUAACCAGGUACCUAAAUAAAUUUGGCAGAGCUUUCCUUUUUCUUCUUACUCUUUUUUUUAUUUCUGUAACUUCUGUAUGUUUUCUGGAAGGGUUGAAAUAAUAUGUCCUACAGUUGUGCGAGUGAAA